ACUCUCGCUCUUGCCAAUUGAGGCAGGGAGAUAAUGAAUUAAGAGCCACGGGAGGUGAGAGCCAACGCCUCCCCUGCAGCCGCAGCGUGCUCCGGGUGAUGUUUCCUUACUCGUUUAGAAGACAAUAGCCGAAAAAAAUUAAGGAGGGGGAGAAAAUGACUGAACCUUCUGUAUGAGAUAAUGGAUGAGCCCGGGAUGACCUGUUUUUUUCCUUGCGGUGGAGCGGUGCUGAAGACAGAGGGCACCCGCGCCCAGCCCACAGCCGUCGCCCCGCCGCCAGCGCGCCAGCUCGGGGCGGCCGGAGAGCCGCCAAUGCCCGUUCCCGACAGGCAGGGAGCCGCUGCCUCGCCCGGCCAGGUUAAAAGUCACUAGGAUGACGGCUGUCUUGGCACCUUCAAGAGUGAUGCUGUGAGCCUUUGCUGUGAUGGUAUUUGGAGCAACCUGGCCGUCGUCAGGGAGAAGCAGAUGCCAUUUCCUACAUGUUCUUAAACCAUGUGCAGGCAAGGGGAGCCCAUGAAAUUUGUAACCUGGGUCUGGAUGACAUCGUGCAACAAAAUGAUUGGUGUGCUGCUGGUCUUUUUCCCUGCUCUGCUGCUGGAGAUGGACGUGCUGCCCAGGAGUGGGGGUCGGAGGGUUCUUCUCUCUGCAGCCUCCUCACAGCGGUCGGUGGCUCGGAUGGACGGGGAUGUCAUCAUUGGGGCCCUCUUCUCUGUCCAUCACCAGCCACCAGCUGAGAAAGUGCCCGAGAGGAAGUGCGGGGAAAUCCGGGAGCAAUACGGCAUCCAGAGAGUCGAAGCCAUGUUUCACACCUUGGAUAAAAUUAACGCAGACCCGGUCCUGCUACCUAACAUCACCCUGGGCAGCGAGAUCCGAGACUCCUGCUGGCACUCCUCCGUGGCCCUGGAGCAGAGCAUUGAGUUCAUCCGGGACUCUCUAAUCUCCAUCAGGGAUGACAGGGAUGGAGGCGCCCGCUGCAUUUCCGACUCGCAGACCCAGCCCCAGGCCAGAGUGAAAAAGCCCAUCGCGGGGGUCAUCGGCCCCGGCUCCAGCUCAGUCGCUAUCCAAGUCCAAAAUCUGCUCCAGCUCUUCGACAUCCCCCAGAUCGCCUACUCCGCCACCAGCAUCGACCUGAGCGACAAAACGCUGUACAAGUACUUCCUCAGGGUGGUCCCCUCCGACACGCUGCAGGCCAGGGCCAUGCUUGACAUCGUCAAGCGCUACAACUGGACCUACGUCUCGGCCGUGCACACGGAAGGAAAUUAUGGGGAAAGUGGAAUGGAAGCCUUCAAAGAGUUGGCUGCCCAAGAGGGUCUCUGCAUUGCUCACUCUGACAAGAUCUACAGCAACGCCGGCGAGAAGAGCUUUGACCGCCUGCUGCGCAAGCUGCGGGAGAGGCUGCCCAAGGCCAGAGUGGUGGUGUGCUUCUGCGAGGGAAUGACCGUCAGGGGCAUCCUCAUCGCCAUGCGCCGCCUGGGGGUGCUCGGCGAGUUCCUGCUCAUUGGAAGUGACGGCUGGGCAGACAGAGAUGAGGUCAUUGAAGGCUACGAACCCGAAGCAAAUGGAGGCAUCACUAUCAAGCUGCAGUCUCCUGAGGUGCUGGCGUUUGAUGAUUACUACCUGAAGCUGCGGCUGGACACCAACACCCGCAACCCCUGGUUUCCCGAGUUCUGGCAGCACAGAUUCCAGUGCCGCAUCCCAGGGCACCCACUUGAGAAUCCCAACUUCCAGAAGAAUUGCACUGGCAAUGAGAGCUUAGAAGAAAAUUACGUGCAGGACAGUAAAAUGGGAUUUGUCAUCAAUGCAAUAUACGCUAUGGCUUACGGGCUGCAGAACAUGCAUCAUUCCCUUUGCCCCGGACAUGUUGGACUGUGUGAUGCUAUGAAGCCAAUUGAUGGCAGCAAGCUCCUGGAGUUCCUCCUCAAAUCCUCAUUCAUUGGUGUUUCUGGAGAAGAAGUUUGGUUUGAUGAGAAGGGAGAUGCCCCUGGAAGAUAUGACAUCAUGAACCUGCAGUACAUAGAGCCCAACCGCUACGACUACGUCCUGGUUGGGACCUGGCACGAGGGCGUGCUCAAUAUUGAUGACUACAGGAUUCAGAUGAAUAAGAGCGGAAUGGUCCGGUCGGUGUGCAGCGAGCCUUGCCUGAAGGGCCAGAUCAAGGUAAUCAGGAAAGGAGAAGUGAGCUGCUGCUGGAUUUGCACUGCUUGCAAGGAGAAUGAAUUUGUUCAGGAUGAAUUCACCUGUAAAGCCUGUGAGCUCGGCUGGUGGCCAAAUGCUGACCUGACAGGCUGCGAACCCAUCCCUGUAAAGUAUCUCCAGUGGAGCAAUAUAGAGUCUAUUGUGGCUGUGGUCUUUUCCUGCCUGGGGAUCCUGGUCACCAUGUUUGUCACCCUUAUCUUUGUGCUCUACAGAGACACCCCUGUUGUCAAGUCCUCCAGCCGCGAGCUCUGCUAUAUAAUCCUGGCUGGCAUCUUUCUGGGUUACGUCUGCCCUUUCACCCUUAUAGCUAAACCCACCACGACCUCCUGCUACCUCCAGCGCCUCCUGGUGGGCCUCUCCUCCGCCAUGUGUUAUUCCGCCCUAGUGACCAAAACCAACCGCAUCGCGCGCAUCCUGGCGGGCAGCAAGAAGAAGAUCUGCACCCGCAAGCCCCGCUUCAUGAGCGCCUGGGCCCAGGUGGUCAUCGCCUCCAUCCUGAUCAGCGUGCAGCUGACAUUGGUGAUCACACUGAUCAUCCUGGAGCCCCCCAUGCCCAUCCUCUCCUACCCCAGCAUUAAGGAAGUUUACCUUAUCUGCAACACCAGCAACCUGGGCGUCGUGGCUCCUGUGGGCUACAACGGACUCCUCAUCAUGAGCUGCACGUACUAUGCCUUCAAGACUCGCAACGUGCCUGCCAAUUUCAACGAGGCCAAGUACAUUGCAUUCACCAUGUACACCACUUGCAUCAUCUGGCUGGCCUUCGUGCCCAUCUACUUCGGGAGCAACUACAAGAUCAUCACCACCUGUUUCGCAGUGAGCCUGAGCGUGACAGUGGCUCUGGGGUGCAUGUUCACUCCCAAGAUGUACAUCAUUAUAGCCAAGCCCGAGAGGAACGUCCGCAGUGCCUUCACCACCUCAGAUGUGGUGCGUAUGCAUGUCGGGGAUGGCAAGGCACCUUGCAAGUCCAACACUUUCCUCAACAUAUUCCGGAGAAAGAAGCCAGGGGCUGGAAAUCCAAAUUCUAAUGGAAAGUCUGUGUCAUGGUCUGAACCAGGUGGAAGACAAGAUCCAAAGGGGGAACAUACCUGGCACAGACUCUCAGUGCAUGUGAAGAACCAGGAGACAGGGUGCAAUCAGACAGCGGUGAUCAAACCCCUCACUAAAGACUGCCACGGCCAAAGUCUGACUUUUACCGACAUCAGCACUAAGACUCUGUACAAUGUGGUGGAGGAAGAAGACAGAGAGCCCGUUCACCUCAACCAGUCCAACAGCCCUUCCAUGGUGGUGCACAGGCGGGUGGCAACAACCCCCCCGCUGCAGGCCACGGCGGAGGAAACGCAACUCUUCUUGCCUGAGCAGUCCCCCAAGACCCUGCCCCUGCAGCCACAGUCUCUCAUGGACCAGCUGCAAGGAGUGGUCAACAAGUUUGCCACCGGCAUCCCCGACUUCAACGCCGUCCUCCCCACUCCCGGCUCAGGGAACGGCGUGCGGCCGCCCUGCCCACCCCCGCCACCGCAGCAGCCCCUGCAGCCCUUCCAGGUGGCUGCCUUCAGCCAGGAGCCCCUGUCUCCCCCGGCUGAGGAAGCCGAGAGUGAGAAGGUGAAGCUCAUUCAGGGAUAUGUGUAUGAGAAGAGCACAGAGGAGGAGGAGGACGAGGAGCCGGCAACCAGCAAACUGACUCUCGAAGACUCUCCGGCGCUGACGCCCCCGUCCCCUUUCCGGGAUUCAGUGGCUUCGGGCAGCUCCGUGCCCAGCUCCCCCGUGUCGGAGUCGGUGCUCUGCACACCCCCAGAUGUGACCUACGCCACUGUCAUCCUGAGGGAUUAUAAGCAAAGCUCGUCCACCCUGUAGAUGCUGCAAGAGACAAGGCAGGAAGGACUUUGGCAGCUGCCCACUGGGAGGACGUGCGGAGACAAGCCUCCCAGGGCUGCGGGAGAGAAAGCAGAGAACAAAGUGACAAAUGACAGGGCAAAAAUUUCAUCCUGCACUUAAAUAACUAAAAUGAAACAAAAAGAAAAUAAAAAAUCCAUUCUGAGGGCUCAAGAUUCUCUAUCUGUUGAAAAUAAAUGUACUUUGGGAAAAUGUUAGGAAACCACAACAAAGCACAAACUAAAGGAACAACUUCUAUAGAAAAAAAAA